AUGCUUGCGUCGCUACUACCGCUUACUCGGGGUUCGUAUCAAGCUGCUUAUCGGGCUCUUCAGUCGAAUACCUUCUCGGCCUUCGUUGGGCCUCGGGUGGGGCAGUUAGGCUCUGUCUGCUCGCGGCUCUUUUCAUCUGGAGAAGCGAGCAGUGAUACAAUGAAUUCCAGUAUAUCUUCGUCACAGGGCACGUGCAGCUCCGCAGAACAAGGCAAUUGCAGCGAGAAGCAGGCAGCAUUUACCCCAACGGAACAUCCAGCAUUUGAUCUGGUGAAAACUCAGUAUGUUGCAGAGUAUGACUUGCAUGUGGUGGAUUAUAAGCAUAAGAAGUCUGGCGCUAAUAUCGUUAGCUUAACAUGCCCCAAGACAGAAACAGAAAAAGCCUUCAUGGUUGCGAUCCGUACACCGGUAACAAGUUGUAAUGGAGCUCCUCACAUUUUAGAGCAUUCAGUAUUGAUGGGCUCAGCUAAAUAUCCUUUAAAGGAGCCUUUUGUUGCUCUUAUGAAGAGCAGUCUAUACACCUAUAUGAAUGCCCUCACCUACCCUGACCGCACUUGUUAUCCUGUGGCUUCUGUGAAUGAUAAGGAUUUCUAUAACCUAGCAAGCGUCUAUAUGGAUGCAGUAUUUCAGCCUAAGGCCCUUGAAGAUCAUUUAACACUGAGACAAGAAGGCUGGAGAUAUGAAUUAACCCCAAAAGAUAUGCCUGCUGUCUCUACAGCUGGCAGCGAUCCUGAAGAAGCAGAAGCUCAGAUAGAAGAAUAUGCUAAGCAAACUGCACGUUGUCUUGAAAACCCAUUUGAUUGUGACUUUAAAAUUCAAGGUGUUGUCCUUAAUGAGAUGAAGGGGGUUUAUUCAUCGCCAGACUCUUUGCAUUCUCGCUUAAAGCAGCGCUCUCUCUUUCCUAAUCUCCCUCAUUAUAAUCUAGAUUCAGGUGGAGACCCAAAGAUGAUCCCAAGCCUAAGUUAUGAACAGUUCAAGCAGUUUUAUAAUGAACGCUAUUACCCUGCAAAUGCUAGGAUCUACUUCUGGGGGGCAGAUAAUGUACAGAAACGUCUCAACUUCGUUGAUGAAUACUUGAAAGAGCUGCCGGAUAGACAAGGAAUAGAUACCACCAUAGGCACGCAAAAACAACUCACAGAGCCUCGAUAUGUGGAGGAGCCUUACCCUGCGAGUCCUGAGAAGCUUGAAGAUUUUAUAUCAGUAAACUGGGUAUUAGACGCUGUCCCCGAGGGUGCAGCAGCACCCCCUGAGUUAUCUGCAGCAGAUAGAAUGGCGCUGCAGCUGCUCUCUUAUUUGCUGCUGGGAACAUCGUCAAGCCCCCUAUAUAAAGCCCUCUCUGAGUCAGGCUUAGGAAAAAGUGUUAUAGGUGGUGGGCUAGGGCUUGAUCUCAGACACGCUACCUUCUCUGUAGGACUCAAAGCAGUCUUUCUGCUGGCAUACCCGGAAGUGAGUAGCCAGGAAGAAGAUAUGGUGGAGAAAGUUGAAAAAGUAAUAUUCAGGUGUCUGUCGAGUUUAUCAGAAGAGGGUUUUUCUAAAGAUGCAAUUGAAGCUGCAUUAAAUACAAUGCAAUUUACUUUAAGAGAGUUGAAUACAGGAACAUUUCCUAAAGGUCUUAGUAUAAUAUUAGAUAUGGCUACAGAGUCAAACUAUGAUAGAGAUCCAGUUGCAUGUUUAUCUUUUGAUGCAAGCUUGAAAGCAGUAAGAGAAAAACUAAAGAAAGAAGAUGAAGAAGGGGGAUAUUCAUUAUUUCAAUCUCUUAUUAGACGUUUUCUUCUUAAUAAUACUCAUCGGGUUACUGUUCGAUUAAGAGCAGAUCCGGAGAUGACAGCAAGAGAAGCAAAACAAGAAAAGGAUAAUCUUAGCCAAAUACAAAAACAGCUAACUCCAGAGGUAGUUGAGUCUGUAUUAGCAGACCAGAUAGCUUUAAAACAAAGACAAUUAACAGAAGAUAGCGAAGAGGCACUCAAAACCUUACCAGUUCUUAAACUUGAAGAUGUUGCUGAUGCGAAUAAUGAAGUCCCCUAUGAAGUCUCAGCUCUUAAUGAUGUACCUCUUAUCUCUCAUGAGCUCCCAACAUCAAAUAUUCUUUAUGCAGAAAUAUAUUUAUCUUUAGCCGAUUUAGAGUUAGAAGAUCUUCCUCUUCUUCGUCUCUUUAGUCGGCUUAUAUUAGAAACAGGUACUCAUACACUUACACCUGAACAGCUGCAGCAUCACAUAGGAAAGGCUACGGGGGGCAUCACUGCAGCAACAGACAUACGCUCGAUAAGUGCAGAGCCGGGGACUGCUCCAGACCCUCUGUCUUCUCUAGGAUUCCUUGUGCUUUCUGGAAAGGCAAUGAAGGAUCGCGUAGCCGAUUUAUUUUGUUUAUUUUCUACUGUACUUCAAGACAGCCGUUUAUCUGUAUCUUCCCGAGCAAAAGAAAUACUGCGUGAAGCUGUUGCUGCAGCAGAAGCAGCAGUUAUGUCUUCAGGACAUAGAGCAGCAGCAAGACGAAUUUUAGCGUCGUUAACAGCUACGGGUUUGGCCAAUGAAUUGCGGAUGGGUGUAGCCUUCAGAGAUGCAGCAAAACAACUUCUUCAACAGGCUGAGACGAACUGGGAAGCCGUUGAAGACAGACUUUAUAAAUUAAAAGAUAAGUUGUUGCGUAGAGAGAACUUGUUGAUAAAUUUAACAGGGGAUGCAGAAACACUGGCCGCAGCAACAGCAGCAGCAGAUGGUAAAGAUGCGCUUAGCAGCUUUAUUGAGGGUUUCCCGGUGAAGCAGCAAGCAGCAGCAGCAGCAGCAGCAGCAGCAAGCAGUAAUGAGCGUUUCUUCUCUACACCUUUUAGACAGAGAGGCAUUGAUAGAGAGCCCCUCUGGGUGCAGCAAAUUAAACAAAACAACUUACUUCAUAGGCCCGUUCGCGAAGCACUCCUUAUACCUACCAAAGUGAAUUACGUAAGCCGAGGAGGCCGUGCAUGCGGUGUAGGGUCAGUCAUAUCGGGCUGCGAAUUUGUAGCAGCGCGAUCUGUGUCAGUGCAUUACCUUUGGCGGAGUAUUAGGGAAGUCGGCGGUGCCUACGGUGCUUCGUUUAUGUUUGAUUUUAGCGGUUUGUUUGUCUUUACUUCUUAUAGAGAUCCGCAGCUAUUGCAGACACUAAAGGCGUUCAAUAAUACACCUCAAUUCUUAAAUAACUUCAGCAAACAUCUCACGCAACAAGAUAUUAAUAAAGCUAUUCUUACUGUUUUAAGAGAUAUAGACGCACCUCUACCCCCUGAUCAACUCGGCUCAAAAAGCCUCUGGCAGCUCCUCGCCAGACAAACUCAACAACACCGACAACUCUUCAGACAACAAGUAUUACAAACAACAAAAGAAGAUUUUGCUGCAUUUGCUGAAAAACUUCAAGCAGCUCUUGAUAAAGAGACAAAUGUCGCAGUUGUCUCCUCUGAAGAAGCUUGUGAAGAAGCAAAUAGUAGAGACAGCACUUUGCUGCUGAAGCCACUGCAUGUGUUCAGCGACAGCAGCACCAACACCAACAGCAGCAGCAGCAGCAGCAGCAGCACUACCAGCAGCAGCAGCACUAGCAGCAGCAGCAGCAGCAGCAGCAGCAAUGGCCCUACAAUCGCAGUGGCGUAG